AUGUAUGUAUUGGGGGAGGAGGAGAGGAGGAGCGGUGCAACGUUGCAAGAGUGCAAGAGUGCAAGAGUGCAAGGGUACAAGAGUGCAAGAGUACAAGAGUACAAGAGUACAAGAGUGCAAAAGUACAAGAGUGCAAGAGUGCAAGAGUGCAAGAGUACAAGGUUGUUGAGUGGAGUGGGGAGUGGGGAAAGGGCGAACUUGAAGAAGAAAGACACCGCCAACAACAAACCUUGGAAGGCUGGUUCAGGUUCCGUCGAGGAAAGGGCCCGGGGAAUAACAGAAAGGUCGCGCCCCCGAAAAUGGAUUUCGCUAGUGAGAGACCAACUCAUAGACUUUGCUGGGGAACCACGGUUCGCAGGGGAGCUUCUACCUAGGCCCAAAUGGGCCUGUUGCAGCGGCUUGGUUGGCGCGGUGCUCACUGGGCGCCCACGGCGGGGGAAAAGCAAGUACCGCCCCUCCGUUAGCAGGGAAGAAACGCUUUGUGUUCUGAUAACUAUAUCAUCACCCAGGUACUCUGUAUACUCCAAAGCAGUUUGCAGGUAUCGUGCGGUAAUGUGUGGUAAUGCGGUAAUGCGGUAA